AUCUUAAAGAAACUAUAGUUAAAACGUCCCAAUUUUCCAAAGGCUUUCUCAUCAGUGUAGGACUAGGAAAUGAUAAGCACCGUUGGGACAGGAGGCGUUCGAAUUAGCAGUUAUCUCCGGCAUCCCUACAGGGCGGAGACGAUUCUCCUUCUUCCCGACGUACAUUUUUUGCCCUGCCGCCGCUGCAACCACCGCCUCUUCAGCUCCUGCUCUGCCACCAAGCAGGACAAAGUUAUUGUAAUUUCUGGACCUACCGGUGCCGGCAAAAGCAAACUAGCAUUAGAGCUUGCCAAGAGACUCAAUGGUGAAAUCAUUAGCGCUGACUCUGUUCAGGUGUAUCGAGGGCUUGAUGUCGGUUCAGCGAAACCUUCCCUUGGUGAAAGAAAGGAAGUGGUACAUCAUCUGGUUGACAUAUUGCAUCCAUCCGAAGAUUAUUCAGUUGGACAAUUUUUUGAGGAUGCAAGACAAACUACCAGAGAUAUCCUAGAUAGGGGCCGUGUUCCAAUAGUCGCGGGUGGUACUGGAUUAUAUUUGCGGUGGUUUAUUUAUGGGAAGCCAGAUGUUCCAAAAGCCUCGAGGGAGAUUAGUGCCGAAGUCUAUUCAGAGCUUGCAAACUUACAGAAUGAUUAUGACUGGGAUGCUGCUGUUCAGUUGUUGGUUAAAGCUGGUGAUCCUGGAGCCCUGUCUUUAGCGGCAAAUGAUUGGUACCGCUUGCGUCGCAGGCUUGAAAUUAUUAAGUCUACUGGGUCACCUCCAUCGGCUUUUGAAGUACCAUAUAAUUCUUUCAGAGAACAGCUUGAUUCAGGUGCAACAGAUGCCGCCGAAGUCAAGAGUUUUGCUGACAGAUUGCAGCAAAGUGAAAUAAAGGAUUUGGAGUAUGAUUUUCUUUGUUAUUUCCUUUCCACCGAUAGGCUGGAUCUCUAUAGAUCAAUUGAUUUCCGGUGUGAGGAUAUGCUCUUAGGAACAGAUGGAAUUCUAUCUGAGGCAAGGUGGCUUCUUGAUUUGGGUCUUUUGCCGAACUCUAAUUCUGCGACUCGAGCAAUUGGUUACCGACAAGCAAUGGAAUACCUUCUAAGAUGUAGAGAAAAUGGAGGAUGGAGUUCUGCUGGUGACUUCUAUAGAUUUUUAUCUGAAUUCCAGAAAGCAUCACGAAACUUUGCAAAAAGGCAGAUGACAUGGUUUCGCAAUGAACAGAUUUAUGAGUGGAUAGAUGCUUCUAAACCUUUGGAAAAGGUGCUUAACUUCAUAUGUGAUUCAUAUAACAGUCAGGAUAGCCAUCUCCAGAUGCCUGAGUCACUUCGUAUGAGGAAAGAGAUAAGAAACGCCCGUCAAGUUGCAGAAUUGAAGGCCUAUCGUACGAGAAACAGGCAUUUCAAUGGGCGUGAGGAUUGCGUGGAUGUUCUAGACUGGAUAAAGAAAAGUUAUGGAGAAGCCACUGUCUCUUCGUUAACCAACAAUUAAAGGGCUUUGUCUUUCACUUUGAGUUGUCAAAAGUCAAAACAUCCAGAAGUUGUUCUCAUUGUUAUUGUGGUUAGCUAACGGACAACUUUUUCCUUAGUAUUUGGAUUUGGUUCGAACCGUGGAAUCAGCCAUUGAUGCUUGCGCCUGGGUAGACUGCCUACACUCCCUUGGAAUGGCGGCCCUUUACCGGACCCUGCAUGAAGUGGGGAUGCUUCACUUAACCGAGCUCCCCUCUCUUAUUUGAUUACUACUAUUUCCUUAAUAUUUGGAUUUAAGAUGUGGACUAGAGAGUUUGUCUGUCUCGAUUUUUGUAGUAUUGCGAAGGUUGAGGUUGUUACGAAUGUAGAGGGUUGCCGCUAUUGAGGCAGUCGGGUUGUGGCUGGGGAUGUCAAUCUGCAUCUGGAAAAUUUUGUAAAUGUAUGACUCUGUACAAGCACUUUGUUUUUUGGAAAAUCAUACAUUCUCCAUAUGCGAGAAUCUGGAAAGGAUGUUUGAUUAUUGUAUAUUCAUUUUCAGUAUAACAGUCACAUGAACACAUCGCUGGCCUCCCACUGUGAUGCCAAAUUCUUGAGUCUUUUAUGUGAGCCAGAUGUACUUGCAGCU